AUGGAGCUGCCCACCUACGCCAAGCAGCUGCUGGGGCAGCUCAACCAGCAGCGGGCCAAGGGCUUCCUGUGUGACGUCAUCAUCGUGGUGGAGAACGCGCUGUUCCGGGCGCACAAGAACGUGCUGGCGGCCAGCAGCGUGUACUUCAAGUCGCUGGUGCUGCACGACAACCUCAUCCACCUGGACACGGACAUGAUCAGCCCCACGGCCUUCCGCCAGGUGCUGGACUUCAUGUACACGGGCAGGCUGCUGCCGGUCGAGCCGCCGGCGGAGCCCAACUUCCACACGCUGCUCAACGCCGCUAACUACCUCCAGCUGCCCGAGCUGGCCGCGCUGUGCCGCCGCAAGCUCAAGCGGCCCGGCAAGGCGUUCGGCUCCGGGCGGGCGGGGCUCCCCGGGGUGGGCCGGCCGGGGCGGGGCCAGCGCCUGUCCACCGCCUCUGUCAUCCAGGCGCGCUACCCAGCCUCGGAGGGCCGGAAGGCGGCGCUGGCCCCCAAAGAGCUCCCUCAGAGCAAGGGCUCCGAUGACGAGCUGUUCCUCGGGGGCCCCGGCCAGGAGAACUCUCACCCCCUGAGCCGCAUGGGCUGCAAGAACGGCGGCGGGGAUGGCGCCAGCUGCGGGGGCUCCAGCGGGCACAGCGGCGGCAGCGAGCAGGAGCUGGGCCUGGACCUGUCCAAGAAGAGCCCCCCGCUGCCGCCCUCGGCCCCGGCCCCCCUGCUGGGCCCAGACGACCUGGCCCAGCUCAGCGACGGCCAGCACGACUCCCCCGCCCCCGCUUCCACCAACAGUGCCUCGUACCCGGAGCCCAGCGGGCCCCUGGAAGACCCCAUGGAGGUGGAAGGGCCCGGGGGGCCGGAGGAGAACCACCUGGGGCUGCUGGAGGGGCCGGGGGCCCCGCCUCGCAAGAGCCUGCGGCACCUGGCCCGGAAGAAAGAGUGGAACAAGGCCGAGGCCGUGGCCUGCGCCUCCUUCGAGCGCAAGGAGGCUGCAGGGGGCAAGGGCUGCUGCCCGGGGGACGAGGACGAGCUGGACGACGGGCUCCCCAACGGCAUCCUGGGCUCCGGCGCCGGGCCCUACGGGGAGCCGCCCUACCCCUGCAAGGAGGAGCUGGAGAACGGCAAGGAGCUCAGCGACGACAGUGGCCAGAGCGACGCCGAGGGCCCAGGCGGCCCGGCAGGGGCCGGGCCGGGCGGCGCCGGCGCCAACUACGUGUACCGCCAGGAGGGCUUCGAGGCGGUCCCGUACGGCGACAACCUCUACGUGUGCAUCCCGUGCGGCAAGGGCUUCCCCAGCUCCGAGCAGCUCAACGCCCACGUGGAGACGCACACGGAGGAGGAGCUCUUCAUCAAAGAGGAGGGCGGCUACGGCGCGGGCCCCGCCCCGGACGACGAAGCUGAGGACCUAUCGGCUCCCAGCCCCGCCUACGCCUCGGCGGCGGCGGCCAAUGAGCAGCGGCCCUUCAAGUGCUCGGGCUGCGACAAGAGCUACAAGGACCCGGCCACGCUGCGGCAGCAUGAGAAGACCCACUGGCUGACGCGGCCCUUCCCCUGCAGCAUCUGCGGCAAGAUGUUCACGCAGCGCGGCACCAUGACGCGCCACAUGCGCAGCCACCUGGGCCUCAAGCCCUUCGCGUGCGAGGAGUGCGGCAUGCGCUUCACCCGCCAGUACCGCCUCACCGAGCACAUGCGCGUGCACUCGGGCGAGAAGCCCUACGAGUGCCACCUGUGCGGCGGCAAGUUCACGCAGCAGCGCAACCUCAUCAGCCACCUGCGCAUGCACACCUCCCCCUCCUAG